CAAUGUACAGUAAAUUGCAGCUUUAUAGACUUAAAUAGAAAUGCUUGCUUACGUAUGGUUGUACCAGCAAUGGAAACCAGUAUUUUAUCUGACUGAGUUUCCUGUUGCCUUAUCAGUUCUCUGAAGUCUUGAAAGAGCUGACACUAUAGACUUCCUUUGACCUACUUCUAACUCAUCACAGCGUAUUAAGAGCCAUUUUAGCUUUUUUGUUCAAAUUUCUACUAGGAAAUUGGCAAAUGGCUAGAUAGAAUGCCGCAAACAUUUUGUAUUGACUUGCUAUGUAUUUUUUGGGCGUUAUAGUCUUUUUAAUAUUGAUCUUAAGUUUUGUUUUAUGAUUGAGUUGAGUACAUCCAUUUAUUUCAGAUGAGAGAAGCAAACCACUGGCUACACUUUAUCAUUUUAAAUUAUUUUCAAAAUGUGGUUCUAUGUGUUGGUGUUGACACUAGCCUGUCUUGACUCUGUGCGGAGUUGCACAGAAGAGACGCUAAAAAAUCACCCGGAAAGUACCUGCUAUGAAUGUCCAGCAGGCUUUCACAAAGAAAAAGGAACCUCCAAAUGCAUAAAAUGUAUUGCGGGCAAAGAAUUCACUGCAAUACGAAAUUAUGAUGUAGCUUGUAAACGCUGUAAAGCAUGUGAUGAAGGAGUCUCUCAAAUGGUGGUGAAGAGUUGUGAGCCCAAGAAUGACACUGAAUGUGGCUGCAUGAAGAAUUACUACCCAAAGAAAUCCAAACAUCGAUUGCAAUGCAUCAAAUGUCAAACUAAAGACUGUUCAAACUAUACAGAAUGUCACACCUCCUGCACCAUUACUACGACUCAGAGACCUCCAACCUUGACACCCAACCCCAGCAUCACUCAAACAGGUCCAGACCAUUAUCCCCUUCUGACCACCAGUUAUGUCUUUGUGGUUGUCCUGAUGACCACUCUGUUAAUUGCCGGUCUCCUUGUCCUGACUAAGGGUGGAUGGAUGGUACAUGGCUGUUGUGCGACCCCUGAAAAGGACCUCCAGUUGCCUACAAGGGACACAUCAGCCAACGGUCAGCCAAAUGGUCCAACAUCACUGACACUGAAUAUUACUCAAGGGAUUCCCAUGACGACAUUCUCUCACAGUGCUACCAAGACGGAGUAUCACACCCUUGUCACACCCCUGUUGCCAGGUAGAGAGCCCAGAAUCCCUCGACAGGAGACCCAGGAGGAGCGCUGGCCCGCCAAGGUGUUGUACGCCAUCAUCAAGGAGGUGCCUCUGCGGCGCUGGAAGGAGUUCCUGCGCCUGCUCUCUGUGCCCGACCAACAUCUGGAGCGUGUAGAUCUGGAACCGGGCCUAGGCUCCAUGGAACGGCAGUACCAGAUGCUGCGUCUGUGGAGCCAGGGCCCGGCUGCAGGCCUGGAGGAUAUCUACUCUGCUCUGCUCUACAUGGACCUGGCCGGCUGCGCCCACCAGCUGCAGGACAGCCUGGAGCAGCUGCAAGCGCUCCAGUCAAUAUCCCCAACCAAUGACAUCACUGCAGAGAACCACAGAGUCUGGAGGCUUACUUAGCCCGUGUCACAUCACCCCAGCACCACCAGAUAGGAUUGUGGAGGCUGCUGGGACAUCACUUAUGACUUCACCACAGAAUAAGAUCAUACCCAGAUGUGAAUAUGACAUCACGACAGCAUCAUAAGACCAUGAAGGCUGUUCUUUUCUUCUUCUUUUGAAAUAGAUUUGAGUCUUUUUAUAUUUUAUUUACAGUAAUUCACGAAUGAGAAUGAGAGACUGAUGGAGAGAGUGAAUUAGACAUAGGUCAAACCCCCACCACCAAGGACCAUGUGACAUCAGGAGUCGGCAGUUCUACCACUACUCACCCACCGAACUGUAAAUAUGAUGUCACCACCUGGACUGUAGUCUUCCUGUUCAAGUUCCACUUCAGAGACUGGUUACCUGCAGGGUUUGGCAGGUUACUUUCUAAAUGUAAUCCGUUACAGUUACUAGUUACCUGUCCAAAGUUAUAAUAAUUAACGUAACUUUUAGAUUACCCAAACUCAUUAAUGUUAUCUGAUUGCUUUCCCCUUAAAAGGCAUUAGAAGAAGACAAAAAGGAUCCAUCAAACGCAUUUGGUGUGUCAUCAUAGUGGUCUCGAGAGACAGACAGUAAGGUUUAUACAAAUCUCCUCUGUUGAAAUCUAAAUGUUAGUCUAAAAGAAAUGUGAGAUAAUGUAUAGAUGCUUUUUAUGUGAAGUUUAACUUCCCUGCCUGGGCUAAUGAGACAGUGGAUUGCGCAGUCAGAUGGAACAGAGUAAAUAGGCAUUUUAACAUCAUAGAUUUAGCCGGUGGUAAUUUGUGGAAUAGACACCGGCUGGAAUGUGCUUUUAACCAAUCAGCAUUCAGGAUUAGACCCACCUGUUGUUUAAAGGGAAAUAAUGCAUGCUCUAGAAUGUCCUUCAAGCCAAUCAGAAAUGAGUGUUCAACAAUGCUAAGUACUAAAUACACAUAGGUAAGACCUAAAUGUACACAUAGGUACAGAAUUGAUGAUUAGAAUACUAAUAGGAUCUCUAUGGAUAUACAUACAGUCAUUGGAUCAGAGCCAUAGAAUUAAACAUCAAAUUGAUUUAACUAGGCAAGUCAGUUAUUAAGAACAAAUUCUUAUUUUCAAUGAUGGGUUAACUGCCUUGUUCAGGGGCAGAACGACAGAUUACAGAUUGUACCUUGUCAGCUCAGGGAUUUGAUCUUGCAACCUUUGGGUUACAAGUCCAAUGCUCUAACCACUAGGCUACCUGCCGCCCCAAAUAACGACAUCAUGGCAGCAUCACAAGACCAAUCAAGAGGACCAUUGCAAUCCCAAAGAAACUGUGAAUCAAGCAGUGGAACAACUUAGUAUCGUAUAGAAAUGGGUUUGUUUGGGGUGAUAAUGUGUCAGCUAUUAUGUAACCUUGGUGAAGACUGUAUCAGAGGAGGAUCGUUGUAAUGAUGGGGCAGUGAGUCGGAAGCAGGUGAAACGUUUUAAUAAAACAACAACACCAAGAACACGCCGCUAACAUAAGGCAGUACGCCGAGACACAAGAACAAUACCAACUAGUGAGUGAACCUGGGAGAAUAACAUAUAAAGGGGAGGAAAUUAUGAAGGUAAUGGGGUCCAGGUGAUUCACAGAUGUGCGUAAUGAUUAGUGCCAGGUGUGCGUAAUGAUGAAUGCCAGGACCAGUGGUUAGUACUCUGGCGGAAUUGUUCGCCAAAUGGUGGAGCAGGAGCAGACGUGACAAUCGUAAUACAAGCACACUAUCCCUUUUCCGUUAAAAAAAUAAAAAUUAUAUAUAUAUAUUGAUUUCAGAUUUUUAAUGUUAUCAGUAAUGUUCUGGUAUUUUUUAAAAUGUGUUUACCCAUUUCUGAUGUUAAGUAUGUUGUUAAUUGUCAGAGAAAGAUUUGUACUGCAUAUUGCUACAUAGAGUAAUAAAAGUGAAUAUUUUUUAAACAGUUCCAACAACAGGACUGACUAUCAAUGAUAUCUGAAUUAUGCUUUUAUCCAUGUUAGAGGCUAUAGUGUUUGUUUACAUUUACAUUGUUUACAAACAUUGGAGUAAAACAAGUUUAUAUUUCCGUUUCUGAUGGGGUAUGACAGUUGAACUAAACUCAUGAGGCAUACGUUACAUUUUUCAAGAAUCAAUGGGUAUAUAUCAUUAAUAUAUAAGUCCAAUAUGGAUGUAGCAACUAAGGAUUCUAGCUUUAAAUAUAUGCACAGCACUAUGGUACUCAAGGUUAAAUAAUGAUAUGCUUAAUUGCUGUAUGCUGGGGUGUAAAAAUCAUCACUAAUAAACUGAAGUUGAAUUACAAAUGUAAUUGACCAUACAGUGCUGUUUCAUUGUAGCCACAAUAUGGGAGUAUUUGCCCAAACUGCAAAGAUGUAUAUAUACUACUGCUGAAUCCAUGCAGAAUAACUCAAUCACACAGAAGAACUGUCAUGCAUUCUGUCAAGCCAUUGUAGUCCUACUGCCACUUGUUUUGAAUCAGAAAGGGUAGAAAACCAUAGCAAGAUUAGAAAUUGAAAAUCUUUGUCCCCUUUGGUGCCAACAUGCAAGCAUCAUUGCAUCAGGCAUGUUUUUUACACUUAUGACGUAAUCUGGUCCACAUAAUGUCAAAUGAACAUGAAUAGUAGGAAUAGAUAGUAGGAGUUCUUAAGUAAGUGUUUAAUCACAGAGUCAGUCAGUUGGUCUGUCACUUCAGCCAGGACGCAGGACUUCAGCCAGGACGACACUGUGAGGCCAAGUCAGUCACAGAGCCUAAAGUAAUCAAUAAUCAACGAGGAAAAUGCAGGGGCCUCCAUUGGUUUCUAUGUAACGCCGGGGGCAGAUUCGGGGAGGGACGGGCACGUGUGGGCAAUUUUUCUCUGCCGCUACGCUUGCCACACCCCCUGUUACCGGCAGAGUUUUAAUGGCUUUUUAUAAACUACAGUUUCACCUGUGCUUGCAGCUCCCUCUUCAAGUGUUGCUAAUAGCGCACUUUGAAGAUGAACACCCACAAGGACGUCAAAGAAAAGUUAGGCAAUAAUAUUAGCUAGGCAUAUUUACAUUUCUUUAUAACCUGAAACUGCAUGAAUAUUUAAUUGAGUUGUGGAACUAAGAUACAUUUGUUUAUAAUCAGACACUCCAUUCUGAAAAUGUCUGAAUACAUUUAGAAGAUUGAGGGAAGUGGUCUAUUCUCUGUCUAGUGCUCUACUUUUUACCAGAGCCCUGUCAAAAGUAGUGCACUACAAAUGGAAUAGGGUGUCAUUUGGGACGUAUGCAUAGAUAGAUGUAGAAUAGAUCUAGCCUAGAUAGACAUUAUGACCACUGACACUCAACAACCAAAUCUCAAUGGUUAACUGAGUCGUGCUGUAGCCCACAGGGACCCGUCUCUAACAACACCACCAGAGGAAGAUCUCGUCUCCUGUUCCCCAAUGAGGAAGGAGGGGACCAUGA